UCCUCCUUCUGCUGCUUGCUCUGCGCGCGGCGCUUUCAUCCAAAAGCCUCGCAGGCUUAUCUCCACCGACGACAAUGGCUUCCACCUCCGCUCCUUCCUCCUUCUCUCCGACCUCUGCAACUCAGCUCCACAGCUCGAGACCCAGGAACCCAUCUCGCAAGAACCUCCUUUACCUCUCCAACCGGCCCUCCAUUCCUCUCUUCAAGCUCUCUCGCUCUUUCCCUUUCCCUUUCCCUUUCCCAUCUUCGCUCAAUCUCAAGCCCCCUCCGUCUCCGACCCACCUCCAUCCACUGAGAGACACCGUGCACGACAAUUACCUCGAAAUCCUUCACAAGCCCGCCGACUUCCCGAGCCCAAUCGAGCAGAUUGCCGACCCGGAAUCGCGCCCGAGGAUAUUCAUCCAGGACCCGCCUUGGAUAUACCCGAUAUUCUUCAAGAACGUGUACCGGAAGGCGAGGCGGGAGGCGGAGCUGGAGCUGAAGGAGAUGGCGAGGCGGAAGUAUAAUCUGUUGAGGCGGCGGCAGAUUAGGGCGGAGACGGAGGCGUGGGAGAAGAUGGUGGAGGAGUACAGGGAGCUGGAGAGGGAGAUGAGAGACCGGAAGCUGGCGCCGAACCUGCCGCGCGUGAAGGCGCUGUUCUUGGGUUGGUUUGACCCGCUGAAGGAGGCGAUAGAGAAGGAGCAGAGGAUGCAGCGGACGAAGAAGAACAAGGCGGCGUACGCCCCGCACAUUGACUUGUUAUCGCCCGAGAAGAUGGCGGUGAUUGUUAUGCACAAGAUGAUGGCGUUGGUGAUGGUGGGGCACAUGGAUAGAUGCGUCGAGCUCGUGCAGGCCGCGGUCCAUGUCGGGAUGGCGGUCGAGCAGGAGGUAAUGGUUCAAAGUCUACUGGAGAAAGCUAAGAGCAAUCGAAAGAAAAUGAAUUUGGUUGAACCUGAAGCGGAUCUGGACAAAGAUAAAGUGAUGCGCCAGAGACGUGUUAAUGGCUUGAUCAAGAGAAAAAGAUUUAACGAAGUAAAAAAGCUAGUGAAGGAAGAGGAAUUCAAACCUUGGGGUCGAGAUACCCAGGCUAAGCUGGGAACUCGUUUGAUAGAAUUAUUAACUGAAACAGCUUUUGUCCAACCUCCAGUUAAGCAAUUAGUGGAAGGUCCACCUGAUGUUCGACCAGCAUUUAGGCACAAACUAAAAAUGGUUAAGAAGGAUCCUGGGCAGAAGAUUUUGAAGAGAUACGGUGUUAUAGAAUGUGAUCCCUUAAUUCUUGAAAAGCUGGACGUUAAUGCAAAGCAUAUGUUGGCUCCUUAUAUGCCUAUGCUGGUUCCUCCAAGAAAAUGGAAAGGGUAUGACAAGGGUGCGUACUUCUUCCUCCCUUCUUAUGCUAUGCGUACUCAUGGAUCAAGAAAGCAGCAGGAUGCUCUAAAGAAUGUGUCCGAGGAACAGAUGCAUAAUGUAUUUAAGGCCCUGGACACACUUGGAAGUACCAAAUGGAGGGUUAAUCGAAGAGUACUUGCUGUUGUGGAGAACCUCUGGGCUCAAGGUGGAAGUGUUGGAGGUUUAAUUGAGAGACUUGAUCUUCCUUUGCCAGAUAAGGAUGUUUCCGAGGAUGGUGACGAGCUUGAAUUGUGGAAGUGGAAUGUACGGAAAGCAAAGAAGGUUAACAGAGAGAGGCAUGCUCAGCGAUGCGACAUUGAGCUUAAACUCUCUGUGGCCCGAAAGAUGAAGGAAGAGGAAGGUUUUUAUUAUCCUCACAAUCUGGAUUUCCGUGGCCGAGCAUAUCCAAUGCAUUCACAUCUGAAUCAUUUAAGCUCUGAUCUCUGUCGAGGAGUUCUUGAGUUUGCUGAAGGACGGCCGCUAGGGAAGUCUGGGUUACAUUGGCUGAAGAUACGUUUGGCAAACCUCUAUUCUGGUGGUGUGGAAAAGCUUUCACAUGAUGGACGCCUGGCAUUUGUAGAAAACCAUCUGGACGAUAUAUUUGACUCGGCAGAGAAGCCUCUUGAUGGGAAUAGGUGGUGGUUGACAGCUGAAGACCCUUUUCAGUGCUUAGCUACUUGUAUUAAUUUGUCGGAAGCGUUGAAGAGCUCAUCACCAUAUACUGCCAUCUCCCAUCUUCCAAUUCAUCAGGAUGGUUCCUGCAAUGGCCUUCAGCACUAUGCUGCCUUGGGAAGAGACAGUAUGGAAGCUGCUGCAGUAAAUCUAGUUGCGGCAGAGAAACCUGCUGAUGUUUAUUCAGAAAUUGCUGCAAGGGUACAUGACAUAAUGAAAAGGGACAGCAACAGGGACCCUGCUACUUAUCCAAAUGCUGCGUUGGCGAAGGUCUUACUGGGCCAGGUGGAUAGGAAACUAGUGAAACAGACAGUGAUGACCUCAGUAUAUGGAGUGACUUUUGUUGGGGCACGUGAGCAGAUAAAAAGAAGACUAGAGGAGAAGGGUGUACUUGGUGAUGAAAGACUGCUCUUUACUGCUGCAUGCUAUGCUGCUAAAGUAACACUGACUGCCCUUGAAGAGAUAUUUGAAGCUGCACGUAGAAUAAUGGGUUGGCUUGGUGACUGUGCAAAAAUUAUUGCUGCAGAAAAUCAACCAGUGCGGUGGACUACUCCCCUUGGUCUUCCUGUUGUACAACCGUACUAUAAAAAUAAACGCCAUCUUAUAAGAACAACCCUUCAGAUUUUGGCCUUGCAGCGGGAGGGUGACUUGGUUGAUGUUAGAAGACAGAGAACAGCAUUUCCUCCAAACUUUGUUCACUCACUUGAUGGUUCACACAUGAUGAUGACUGCCGUUGCCUGCAGGGAGGCUGGUCUACAUUUUGCAGGUGUGCAUGAUUCAUUCUGGACGCAUGCUUGUGAUGUGGACCAGAUGAACUGGAUUCUACGUGAAAAAUUUGUGGAACUAUAUAACAUGCCUAUCCUUGAAAAUUUGCUUGAAAGUUUCCAGACAUCAUAUCCAGCACUGACGUUUCCUUCCCUACCUGAUAGAGGCAACUUUGACUUACGGGAGGUCCUCAAGUCUCCUUACUUCUUCAACUGAUCUAACAUAUGGCUAGAGUAGCAACUUCUUCCAAUUCGUCAAAAGCAUAACAUUUGUCGGAGUAAGAAUCUUGUUUACUACCAGCUGAAUGCUGGAGCCUGAAUUGAACCCCCGAGUUGCACGCAUUCAGGUUGCAAAUGACAGAACAAAAUUUACCUGUGUUGCAACGAAGUGGCAAUUCCUCAGAAAGUUUAUGCUUUUUGAAUAUACUCAACAAACGGAGCAGCUCGUAAGUUGUACUGGAUGGCCGUGCAACCAUCUUUUACCAGUACAGAGAAGUUAGGGAUCUCCUCUACCAUGACUGUCAAAACUCCCCCAAGUUCUUUCAUGGAGGCAGGGGAUUCUUGUGGAAGCUAGAACUCUUGUAGCAACACCCAUCUUCAUGCUGGAGUUGAGUGGAGCUCAUGCUUGUCCUGUUGUUUGAUUCCUUUGAGAACUGCAAGGGGCUGAUCUUAUUUAUAUAUAAGUUUCACAUAGAAGGCGGCAACAUAAAAGGAGGUUGACCACUGGCAGAUUUGGUGGAUAAGAUGAAUGGAUAAUACUUGCACAUAGUGACCCAGACAGAAUUGCUGCAAAAUAGUGUAUAUAACUGACAUAGGACAAGAAGUAACAAUGGUCGCAACAUGCUGGCAGUUGUAUGUAAUUUUUUGGCUGCACACAACUGUUUACAAAUCCUUGUACUAUUGUAAUUUGUGGUUUAAGUGCUAUUAUGAAGCUGCAUUGGCCUCAUUUAUAUUUGCCU